AUGCUAGAUAGCCGGUCUCUCGAGGUGAUUUCCCGCUUCAAGCUGGCAAUCCUCACCCGCGCGCAGACACAAGAAAGAUCGUCCAACUUGCCCACGUCCAACCGAGGCAAAAAACUUCCGUCCUUGGCGGCUAGAAACCACGCCCUCACGCCCAAAGUGGUGGAAUACGCGGGGCAGGACCAUCUUGUGCUCACCAACGACGUCAUCGAAAGGUCGAACUACAGAAACAAGCGCCGCUGGCUGGACUUCUACGGGCCGGAAAACGGGCAGUAUGGAGACUCUUCCGAUGGAACGCUGGCGUCGGAGCUGGAGGACGACGGCCUGUCGAGCGACGACGACGACGAGAACCCGUUGAAACGAAUCAGAAUCAGCGAGAUCUUGGCGCCGUUGACGCACCCGGCCGAGUUGGUGACCCAUCCGGCCGUGUCGAAAACGUACAAGCUGACAUGUCUUGCGACCAUGGCGUCGGACCUCAUUCAUCUCAUUGAGGUGGAGCAGAACACGCUCAACGACCUCAACAAGCUCUUGCAGGUGUUGGACGGCGAAGACUGGUUCUACUUGCUUGAGGAGAACAUGGGGCUUCCGGAAUACGACCACGGGCUAGACGAGAGCAGGGAAAAGGAAAGCGACAAGGGCGACAAGACAGAUGUCAGCCAGCCCGAGCAGAAAAACGGCAAGCAAAGCGAGGACUCCGACAAGGACGAAAAACCGGCCGACGACAACAAAAGGAUCACACGGUUGUCGUCGUCUUCGCCGGACAACAGCCAGAACGUUACCGAUCCGUUUUUCGCUCUCCCCAAAACCCUUGCCAUGUACGAGGAGGCGCAACGCAAACAGGCGGAAGAAUUGCAGGAAGGCGGAGACGAGUUGGAGUUGGUGCAGCAAGACUUGGUCAACUACUUGCAGGUGAGUAUCCAGCGGCAGUACGAGUACAUCCAGAACCUCACGACGCUCAGAAACGGCGUGGUCAAGGCUGAUCGGUACAAGUCCGACUUGCUCAAGUGGGGGAAAGAGAUGCACGAAAAGAAAAACUGA